AGUCUGGACAAACCUAGCCGUGGAGCUCCGCGGCCCUUCCAGGCGGGCCUCGUGAGCGCUUGGGGUGUGCGGGGCGGCGGCCGUGCCCUCGGGGCGGCUCCGGGCGGCGGCGGCCAGUCCAGGGCUGCAGUGCAGCGCGCGGCCGGCAGUGGGCGCAGCAGUGACAGUGGCCGUGGCGCUCGGCGACGGGCGGGCGGCGCCGGCGGUGCCCCGGGCGCACACACACACAUACACACACUCACACACGCACGCACACACACACACAGACAUACAUACACACACAUACACUCCGCCUCGUACACACUCACACACGCUCCGGCGCGCACACGCGGCGCGCAGGCCAGAGGGAGGAGGCUCCGCGCGGCUCGGCGGCGGCGGCAGCGUGCUCCGCGGGCGGCCGGGAGGGCUGGCGGGCGGCCCCCGCUCCCCGGCUCCGCGGCUCGGUGCAGCCCGCGCGGCCCCCGCCCUCGGACCCGCCCCCGGGGGUCGCCCGGCCCCAUGCCCUGCUGCGGCGGCAGAGCAGCGCGCGGCCGCAGGCGGCUCUGAGGAGCCCGGAGGGAGCCGGCGACGAGGGGACCAUGUACCGGGACCCGGAGGCGGCCAGCCCAGGGGCGCCCACCCGCGAUGUCCUGCUGGUCUCUGCCAUCAUCACCGUCAGCCUUAGCGUCACUAUCGUCCUCUGCGGCCUGUGCCACUGGUGUCAGCGCAAACUGGGCAAACGCUACAAGAACUCCUUGGAGACGGUGGGCACGCCAGACUCGGGGCGUGGGCGCAGUGAGAAGAAAGCCAUCAACGACCUAGACAGAGACUUUUGGAAUAACAAUGAAAGCACAGUGCAGCAGAAAUGGAGUUCCUAUCCUCCCAAGGAGUUUAUUCUAAACAUUUCACCCUACGCCCCUUAUGGCGACCCUCGACUGUCCCUCAAUGGCACCCUCCUGUCAGGCGCCAAAGUGGCCACUGCGGCGGCGGGGCUGGCGGUGGAGCGGGAAGGCCGGCUGGGGGAGAAGCCAGCGCCGGUGCCACCACCCGGAGAGGACGCCUUGAGAAGCGGCGGGGCUGCCCCCAGCGAGCCGGGCAGCAGUGGCAAGGCGGGGAGAGGCCGCUGGCGGAUGGUGCAGAGCCACCUGGCCGCAGGGAAGCUCAACUUGUCCAAUUUCGAGGACUCCACCCUGUCCACGGCCACUACCCUUGAGUCUAUCCCCAGCUCCACGGGAGAGCCGAAAUGCCAGCGACCCCGCACACUGAUGCGGCAGCAGAGCCUGCAGCAGCCGCUGAGCCAGAACCAGCGGGGCCGGCAGCCCAGCCAGCCUACUACCAGCCAGAGCCUGGGCCAGUUGCAGGCCCAUGCGGCCUCGGCACCGGGCUCCAACCCCCGGGCCUAUGGCCGGGGUCAGGCUCGGCAGGGCACCUCGGCCGGCUCCAAGUACCGGGCAGCUGGGGGCCGCAGCCGUUCCAACCCAGGCAGCUGGGACCACGUGGUGGGGCAGAUUCGAAACCGAGGCUUGGACAUGAAAUCUUUCCUGGAAGGCCGGAUGGUGGUGCUAUCCCUGGUAUUAGGGCUUUCGGAACAGGAUGACUUUGCCAAUAUCCCUGACCUGCAAAACCCAGGAACCCAGCAGAACCAGAACGCUCAGGGGGACAAGAGGUUGCCUGCAGGAGGGAAGGCUGUGAACACAGCCCCAGUGCCUGGCCAGACACCUCACGAUGAGUCUGACCGCAGAACGGAGCCCCGUUCCUCUGUCUCGGACCUCGUCAACUCCCUGACCAGCGAGAUGCUCAUGCUUUCCCCAGGCUCCGAGGAGGAUGAGGCCCAUGAGGGCUGCAGCCGAGAAAACCUGGGUCGCAUCCAGUUCAGCGUUGGCUACAACUUCCAGGAGUCUACACUCACCGUGAAAGUCAUGAAGGCCCAGGAGCUGCCGGCCAAGGAUUUCAGUGGCACCAGUGACCCCUUUGUCAAGAUCUACCUGCUCCCUGACAAGAAGCACAAACUGGAGACCAAGGUGAAGCGGAAGAACCUGAACCCACACUGGAACGAGACCUUCCUCUUUGAAGGUUUUCCCUAUGAGAAAGUGGUGCAGAGGGUCCUCUACCUCCAGGUCCUGGACUAUGACCGUUUCAGCCGCAAUGACCCCAUUGGGGAGGUGUCCAUCCCUCUCAACAAGGUGGACCUGACCCAGAUGCAGACCUUCUGGAAGGAUCUGAAGCCAUGCAGCGAUGGGAGUGGGAGCCGAGGGGAGCUGCUCUUGUCUCUCUGCUACAACCCCUCUGCCAACUCCAUCAUCGUGAACAUCAUCAAAGCUCGUAACCUCAAAGCCAUGGACAUCGGGGGCACAUCAGACCCUUACGUGAAGGUGUGGCUGAUGUAUAAAGACAAGCGGGUAGAGAAAAAGAAGACAGUAACAAAGAAGAGGAAUCUGAACCCCAUCUUCAAUGAGUCUUUCGCCUUCGACAUUCCCACGGAGAAGCUGAGGGAGACCACCAUCAUUAUCACUGUCAUGGAUAAAGACAAACUCAGCCGCAAUGAUGUCAUUGGCAAGAUCUACCUGUCAUGGAAAAGCGGCCCAGGUGAAGUCAAGCACUGGAAGGACAUGAUCGCUCGCCCCCGGCAGCCUGUGGCACAGUGGCACCAGCUGAAAGCCUGAGUGGGGCUGAAGGAGCCCCAAGGGCCAAGGCCUGGGUUCCCAUCAUGCCCCCGCCUCUUUAUGCACAAUGCCCAGCCUGGACCCCUGCCAUGGGUGAGGGGAGAACCCUGAAGGCUCAGCCAGGGAGGGGUACCGGAACUCUACUGGGCCCCAUUUCUAGGAAGUACCAGCCCCACCUCCACAAGUCCAGCUUGGGGGUGGGAGCUCUGGGAGCCAUUUCCCUGCUUUGCCUCUUUCUUUCCUGAUUUGCUGAUACUAAAGAAGUGGGGGAAAGCUCAAGAGCCAGAGAGGCCCUCCCUCCAGAGGCCGCCAGGUGGGCGCAGCCCUCCGUUUUCUUUAAGGCAGUGCCUGGAGUGGAGAGAAGCCACCCCUUCCCUAGUCCCCCUUUUUGGGGCCCAAGAGAGGAAGGCCGAGGCGUUUGGCCAUGGCCUGGUCUUCAGGCCCAUCCCCAGCUUCAGGUGCCGGCUGGGCCCUGGAUGCUGAGGAUAGUAUAUAGCCUGUGCUCUGGGGUCCUGGAGACAUGGCCCUGUGUAUUUGUGUUGUGUCUACUGUGUGCGUGCGUGCGUGCGUGCGUGUGUGUGUGUGUGUGUGUGCACGCCCACACAGUGCACACAUGUGCACGUGUAAGCUCGUGCACACACGUGUGAAGGGGGUGCUCACUCCCUGUCCCCCGGGACCAGCAGUGCUGACUAGCUAUGGAGAGUAGCGGAGUUCUGUGACGAGAGGAUGAGGUAGGGCUGGGUCAGGUAGAGGUUAAUGCCGCAAGGGCGCUAGAAGAGGAAGGGUAUGGAAAGCUGAGUAGGAGCCGUCAGGACCACUUUGCCUGUCUCUGUAGCCCCCACCCCCAUAAUUCCCCAGUAGCAACUCCCCUGUAAUGUCACUCCUUGGGUCUGGGCUCUUGCUUUGUAAGCACCUACUCAUCCUGUGCAUGGCAUUCCACCAGGGCACCACUCCCACCCUUAUCAGGCAUCCCUAACCCCUUACCCAGGGGCAGCCCACCUUCCCAGCCAAGUGGGCAUCUGCCCCACACUCUCUGGCUUGGCUACAGUCCCUCAGCCCCACUCCUUACCCCAAUACUGCCAAUUCCUUUCAUUGUCUGAUCUACCCCUAACCUCCGGGCUGACUUGACACAUUCCCUCACCCUCCCUUAUUCCCCACCGCCACCCCCAGAGCAGUAGCUCUUUCUGCCCUGCCCCCACCUUGCAAACAGAGGAAGCCGGGAACAUUCCAGGAGUCUGAGGUUGCCAUACCCAAAGAAGCCGCCGUCUCUCCUUGCAUCCUCUGCUGAGGAAAACUGGCUUCCCCUUAGAAACAGCAGACUCCAGGAUGUUCCCUCUUAAGUCCCACCAUCCCUCUACGCUGUUUUAGAGAAGACCCACUGUGACAGAGCCUCAAAACCUGUUCAGAGACUGGAACCGGACAUACCCAGAACCUACCACCAGGUGGCACCAGACCACCACAUCUGUGGUAACAGUUGGGGACCACAGUUCUACCCUGGCUGGCAAACCUGCCACCCCAGGAACAGAAGAGGCUCUGUCCUGGAUCUACACACCUAGAGCACAGUGGAAGCAUAGAUAUUUGGGCACAUUUUCCUUUAGUGGGGUUCCCCUUACGCUCAGCUUCCUGCUCUUGGCAGUGAGGUCUCCUUUUUAUCCAUAGCAAAGUAUUCUUAAAUUGAAUUUCACACCCCGUCCCCUGGUACCUGGAGGAAUCUCUUAUGUUUUAAGUGAAUCAUUUGUAGGCUUAGGCUGGAGAAUUCUAUUGUGAAACAAAUAGCUCCCCAUUUUGCUUGUAAAUCUAAAUGUUUCUAUACUGCGACUUUUGCUUUAAGUGGGAUCUGCCCCAGCAGCCUUGCCCAGCUGGGACCCCAAAAAGGGACCCCAGAGGCUGUGUGGAAAUAGGAGAGGGUACUUUCAAGAGUCUGGAAGUGAGAGAGAAAUUGCUGCUAUCCUUUACUCCACCUGCCUCAGUUCCCUGAGCAUUCCCACAGGACCAUCUGAGGGGCCCAAUCAACUUCCCGCCAACGAGAGUAAGAAUGGCAGGGUUUAUGGGAGACACGCUCUUGCAUUUCUUAGCCAAUCAGCUCAGAGAGCAUCACCUACAGAGCUGGUUCCCCUGAGACCUAGGGAUGCUGGUGACCCAACCUGGAAUUCCUCAGCCCCCACAUGUAGCUGGAGUGAGGGAUACCGGCAAGAGGUCCCCAAAAGGUGCACUCAGCAGAGUGGGUUUGCACAAGAGGCAGUGGCCGAGAAGGAGUCUGGGUAUGGGACAGUUAGGGCAAUUGGGGAGCCGGGGAAGGGGGGAACCUGAGGGUGGGGAGGGCACCAGAGCUCUGCUACCACCCUCCUAGGGUCUUGGGCAAGUCACCCACACUCCCUGGGCCUCAGUUUCUCCAUCUGUAAAAUGAUGGUAAUAAUACUUCACCUACCUCAUGGGGGAGGUUGUGAGGCCACUAUCACCUGACCCGGGGGAUCGAGGCAGGAAGGCUCUGAAGGUGCUACCCAGAGCCAAGUUGUCCCUGACACCUGAAAGCAAGGCCCACCUGCCCAUCCACCCUACCCCACAGAGCCUCGAGGGACCACCAGAGCCAAUCUGUCUCUUCACUGUGUCCCAAGCCCCUUUAUGAGUGUCACCUGACAUCUUGUGGGCACCCUAGACUUAGCUGUUAUGUCGUUUAGGUAUCUUUUCUUGUGACCAUCUUCUCCAUGUAACUGCUAUACAAAUUCCACCUGCCCCAGCACACCCCUCCACCUGCCCUCCAGCACCAGAGGCCAGGGAAGGGACAAAGGAAAACAGCCACAAAAAAAUAAAAAUUAAAAAAAAAAUUUAAAAAGCCAAGGGGAUUCCCAGCUCAGCUGGGCCCCCGGGGUGGGAACAGGUGGCAACUGUUUGUAUUGUGUUUGAGUCCUUGAGCGCAAGUGUUUUAUAAAAAAUAAAACAAAAAUCCACUAUCACAAAAAAAAGAAAAAUUACAGCAAAGAGAAUUGAAGAAAAAAAAAGGGAAAAAGAACCAUACAAAAUUUUCCACCAUAUGCACCCUCUAAGCCAGCAAAAUCUUCCUCUUUGCAAAUCAUAUUUUUGUGGGAAUGGGCCCUGCUUUUUGUGGCAAGGCCUGUUCUGAUAAAUAAAGAAUCGUGAAAAAGUA